GGUGCUGUUUUCGUAUUCGAUGCGAUUCUCAACCGAGAUACGCGAGACCCCCUCACUGAGGUUGAAAGAAGUUACUUGAACGAUACCUUCAAGUACACUGGGGGUGGGCUGGUCUUGACCGCUUUGGCCGCUCGAUCUAUGUUUCAAUCUGGCUUUGCUUUCAGAGUUAUGGCGGCUAAUCCAAUGGUUGUUCUUGGUGUCAGUCUUGUUGCGAGUAUUGGUUCGAUGAUGGGGACCUACUACACCCCUCCCGAAAAAACGGUGCAGAAGCACCUCUUCUGGCUGGCAUUCAAUGCCUGUCAAGCUGCUACCCUUAGUCCCCUCUUCUUCGUUAGCCCCGCCAUCUUGUCUCGUGCUGCGCUGUACACGUGUGGAUUAGUUGGAUCAAUAUCUUACAUCGGGGCAACCGCUACAAAUGACAGGUAUAUAUACCUUGGUGGCCCCCUACUUGCUGGUAUCACCGUGGUGGCAUUGAGUUCACUGGCCCCCAUGGUUCUUCCCAUGGGCAUCCGUGCCCUUGCGAUCAGCGAAGCCAUUUCAUUAUAUGGUGGACUGGCUGUAUUUGGCGGUUUCGUUCUCUACGACACUCAAAAGAUCAUAAAACACGCUCGCCUUGCAGAUCAAGGUAUCAUGAAGCGAGAUCCUCUCAGUGAAUCUAUUGCACUUGAGCUUGACAUGAUCAAUAUAUUCAUUCGUCUCGUCCAGAUCCUGUUGAUGCAAAGCAACAAGAAGAAGUAG